AUGGCCAUGUCGGGAAACGUCUCGGUCAUUCCCGAGAGCCGUCUCUUCGCGAGUGAACCUGAUCCUCGAUGGUUUGGAAACCCUCGCAAUCCAGCUGAUGUGAAAGCACAGGGGUGGACCAAUGAGAACUGGCUGAAGUCCAGGUUUCACUUCAACUUCGCCGAGUACAGCGAGGGCCCCAGCAGUUUCGGGGUGCUUCGGGUGAUGAACGACGACUUGGUGCAGGGAGAGAGGGGUUUUGGUGAACAUCCUCACAGGGAUAUGGAGAUCAUGACCUUCAUCGUAGAUGGCUACUUGACCCAUAAGGACUCCAUGGGCACCGAGGAGACCUUGGGCCGGGGCAGCGUGCAGUUCAUGACCGCCGGCACCGGGAUUUACCACUCGGAGCACAACCUUUCGAAGGAGCCCCUGCGCUUCAUCCAGUGUUGGGUCGUCCCGCGGUCUCGAGGCUUAAAGCCCCACUACGGCUCCGCGGCGGGGAACGAAGAGCUGACGGGGGCACGAAGGGAUCAGUGGUGCCACUUGGUGUCCGAUGUCAUGGGAUCCAUGACGACGCCGGUGAAGAUCAAUCAAGAUUGCAAUGUCUUUGUGACGGAACUCUCAGCGGGCGUGGCAUCGAAAGCCUUGGCCAUUGGGAAGGAUCGGCAAGCUUACUUGCUUUGCAUGGAAGGAGAGAUCAAGCUUGCUGGACAGGAUUUGCAAAGGCAUGACGCAGCUGAAAUCAAGGGGCCUUUUGAGCUUGAAGUCUUGUCCGGAAAAUCAGGAGCAUACUUGCUGGUCUUUGAGAUGGCACUGACUCGAGAUGCACGUCGUGGCAGAUGA